GGUCUGGGAUGAUGAUGUGAGCGGUCCCGGACAUUUUCCUGCGGAUUACAGUAUACGAUCUAAAGGUGGUUUAAAGGCAGCGUUUAGGACCAUGGCAAGGGCUGCAACUAAGCACUGACAGCUCUACCCCACCACCACCGGAUUAAAUCCCGACAGUUUUGUCCGGCCACUGCUUUCAGCUUCGUCGUGUAAACUAGGCACGGGCCUAGUCUGUAUGUUUACAAUUCGCUUGUUUUGUUUCAUUUAAAGUCAGAGCUGGGGUGGAAAAAAGAGCCUUAAGGUUUGGACCCCCUUCACCUGCAAAAGAUGGCGGAUACUAAAUCCAUUCACGAGAGAAGAUUUGAAGCUGCUGUCAGUGUUAUUCAGAGUUUACCUAAAAACGGUUCAUUUCAACCAUCAAAUGAGCUUAUGCUGAAGUUUUACAGUUACUACAAGCAAGCAACCUUGGGGCCCUGCAACACUUCCAGGCCUGGCUUCUGGGAUCCUAUUGGCAAAUACAAAUGGGAUGCUUGGAAUUCUCUGGGAGACAUGCCCAAAGAGGAAGCCAUGAUUGCCUAUGUUGAAGAAAUGAAAAAGAUCCUUGAGUCCAUGCCAAUGACUGAGGAGGUAGAGGAGCUGCUUCGUGUUCUUGGACCGUUCUAUGAACUUGUUGAUGACAAAAAGAAACCAAUAUCGCCUUAUGCAAUCUCAGCAGGCCGAUUGGAGAAAGUGGUUAAAUCACUUGAAGAUCUUGGCAAUGUUUUCAGCUCCCCAAAUAACUGUAAAAAAAUGAAUGGAAAAGUUGAAGGCAAUGAUAGUGGUGCAGAAUCUGAACAGGCAGACGAUGAUAUAACAGAUGAAGAUGAUACAGAAGAAACUGAAGUAGUGAAACUGAAGGGCAUGACUCAGGGGCUAACGGAUGUGAAAUUGGAAGAUGUGAAACCAGGACUCCUGCUCUCCCAAGACACUGUUGGUGAGAUAGCAAACCCCUGUAUCCUGUAUGAUACUCCAAAUCCUAAGUCAGUGCUGAAUGCAGAGGAUCAGGGGGAGGAAAAGAAAGGAAACAUUCAAACCAUACAACAACCUGAUAUCAAUGGUGAAAUAGAUGGGGUGGAAAACCAAGUUGUUGAGCUUUCGGGAAUUCAGCACAUCACAAGUGACUCAGACAGUGAAGUAUAUUGUGAUUCAAUGGAACAACUGGGACUAGAAGAGAUUUCAGGUGCUGGCAGUUGUGACAGAGAGAAUUUUAACAGUUCUCUGAUAAUCUCAGAAUUUGAUCACAGACAGCUACUGGGAAACACAAAUAGUUCCAAAGUAGAGUUAGAAUGUUCCCUAAAAUCCCUUGGGAAUCCUGGAACAGUGAAGGUGCAGGAUUUGGGAGGAGAAGGAGGUGUUACCCAUGGUGGUGAAGAUGCAAAGUCAGGUGGAAGUGGCCCUCACAAAGAGAAGAUAACCAGCAAAAGAACUGAGUUUCAUGGGCCAAGGAGAGGACGAGGUAAUAGGAUGCAGCAUUCGGGGGAUGGUUUUCAGAUCACACAGCUGGGUAAUGGUGGCGAUGGGGAACGAAGGGGGUCAGAACGGCUACAAAAAGUUAAUGUGAAUGAACAGAUCGCAGUAGCGCUCAUCAGGCUCCAGGAAGAUAUGCAGAGUGUGUUGGAACGGCUUCAUAUGUUGGAAGCAGUGACUGCUUCUCAGGCCAAGUCCGAAAAUGUCCAAUCAGAGUUUAAACAUGGUGCAGAUGAAGAGAGACCAUCCUGGUGGCCUUUUGAUAUGUCUGGCCGUACUAUACUAUUUGCAAUUCUUUGGCCUGUUGUUGUCCAGUUAUUGGUACAUAUGUAUUUUCAAAGGAGGAAGAGAAAAUCAAAUUAGACAUUCACCUGGGAUUGUAAAGGCCGCAGACUCAGAAAAUUGGAGAGCAUAGAAGGUGUGACAUGAUGGUUUGCAUUUGUUCAUUCAGUGGUAUUUUACCUUAACGUAGACCAAUUAUGUGCAUUUUGCUUUAAUGCUACCAUGAAUGCACACUGUACAUAACUAAAUACUAUAUCAUUACUGAUACUUGAACCAAACAAUUACAUUAAUUCUGGAUGGAUUUAAUAAUUAUCUUUAAGUUAUAUUGUCCUGAUUUUUAAAAAUUUAUGUAACAAAGCACUGCACUGUCAUCUUACUAGUAAACGCUGUAUCUGACUGAAUGCAAGUGGGUUUAGCUGCUUGUGAUAUAGCUAAAAUCGAUUUUGGAUAGAAAAUAGGGAAUCCUAAGCAUUAGAGAUAUAUAUAUAUAUAUAUAUACAAAACACUUAAUUUCUAGUGUUUUAGCUAGAAAUCAGUUAAUAAAAAUGUUGCACCUUACAGUUCUUUGGCCAAAUUCCUCGUCAGUAAGGUAUCAAUGAACCAAGGAUUUCAAUUUUUUAUUGCAAGACCUUUUGGAAGAGCAGUGAGUUCUCCCGGUGUCCUGGUAACAUUCUCGCUCGACCAACAUUACCAAAACAGAUUAUCUGGUCGUGUAUUCAGUUGCUGUGUGUGGGAUCUUGCUGUGCACACAUUGGUUGCUGCUUUUGUCAGCAAAAUAGUGAUUGCACUUAAAACAAAAAAAUUGCUUGUAAAGCAAUUUGGCACAUAGUUUCUUUCCUUUAUAUGGUUAGUAAAUCAAAAUUUAAAUGAUGGAGUUUACACACACACAGCUGCCAAACAAACAGUAAUAUCCCCCAGAUUGUUGCAAUUGAAUGGAGUGCUUUGAUCCAUUGAUCAGUUCCUUUGGAUGACCUAUUAGAUUGAUAUUUUGGUCUUUAUUUUAUGUACUUUAUUGUUUAGCAACAAGCCAUAUAUAGUAGACAUAAGUUGCUUUAUCGCCAGCAUUUUUGCUGGAAUAUUGACGAAAAUUGAGAUUAUGUAAUGAGACAAUAAUGUACUGAGAUUAUCCAGUAGAUACAGCGUUUAUAUGUCCUUUCUCAUGCAUGUAACUUUAUUUAUAUAUAAUUGUCAACUAUGAAGUCUACUCAUCAACGCUGUUAAUAGUUGUACAAAUUAGACUAUAUGAAAGCAAGUGCAAUAUUUUUUCAAUUGCAUUGUAAUAAAAUUGCAAAUUGAAGAAGAUAAAUCUCACAGGUUAUCUAAUAGCAAUUUAAUACUAAUUUUAAAUUAAAAUGAGUUAUAAGAUCCAGUUUAUCAAACCACUUUAUUAUAACAGCCAUUUUUAUGAAUGUUUAGAGUUCUGCUGAAAUCUCAGGCUCCUAUUCAAGAAAAAAUAGUGUAAGCAUGAAAAUAACUUGCAGAAUAUAGCUUUAAGCAUGAUAGAUAUGGUAUAUUUUUAUCAUAUGAGCCACAAAUAAAUCUUUUUGCUGGAA